AUGUGUCGGCAGGAGCUGGCGAGGUCCGCCGGCGCGCAGUGGAACAACCACCGCAACAUCUCGGAGCUGCUGGACAACCUGCUCAGCGGGUACGACAACAGCGUUAGGCCAGACUUCGGCGGUCCCCCGGCUAUCGUGGAAGUAGACAUCAUGGUGCGCAGUAUGGGACCGAUAUCCGAAGUAGACAUGACGUAUUCGAUGGACUGCUACUUCCGGCAGUCGUGGGUGGACCGGCGGCUGGCGUUCACUGGGGGAUCCAAGGAGACGCUGGCGCUGAGCAUCUCGAUGCUGGCGCGCAUCUGGAAGCCGGACACGUACUUCUACAACGGCAAGCAGUCCUACCUGCACACCAUCACCACGCCCAACAAGUUCGUGCGGCUCUACCGGGAUGGGCGCGUCCUCUACUCCUCCAGGUUGACCAUCAAGGCCGGCUGCCCCAUGAACCUGGAGGACUUCCCCAUGGACACGCAGCGCUGCCCGCUCAAGUUCGGAAGCUUCGGCUACACGACGACGGACGUGGUGUACCGCUGGAACCGGCAGCGCACGGUGGCCAUCGCGGAGGACAUGAAGCUCUCGCAGUUCGACCUGAUCGCCACGCCGUCCGCCAACCAGACGGACGUCCUCAAGUCCGUGUCUGUGAGUGCAGGCGAGUACUCGAUGCUGCUGGUGAGCUUCCACCUGCAGCGGCACAUGGGCAACUUCCUGAUCCAGGUGUACGGCCCCUGCGUGCUGCUGGUCGUCCUCUCGUGGGUCUCCUUCUGGCUCAACCGCGAAGCCACCGCCGACCGCGUCUCUCUCGGAAUAACGACGGUGCUGACGAUGACCUUUCUGGGCCUCGAAGCAAGGACCGACCUCCCAAAGGUGCCCUACCCCACCGCCCUCGACUUCUUCGUGUUCCUCUCGUUUGCUUUUAUUUUUGCAACCAUCAUACAGUUCGCCGUGGUGCACUACUUCACCAAGUACGGAUCCGGGGAGUGCUACUUCAGCUCCGACCUCAGCUCCGUCUCCAGCUCCGACGAGGAGGACGAGGACACGUGGUCGGCGCGGCGCAGGCGCACCAUCGAGCUGCCGGGUGAGCCCGGCUCGGUGGCGCCGGGGGGCCGCAAGGCGAGCUCCGGCAGCGUGGGCGGCGUGGGCGGCCGGGGUGGCUCGUUCCUGAGGAGGCUGCAGGCGGCCGCCACGCCGCAGCCCUCCUCCUCGUCGUCCGCCGACUCGGCCAGGUUCGUCGAGGUCAUCCCGCUGUCCGAGCUGCGCGUGCUGCCCGCCUCGGCGAGGCGCCGGCCCAGCGCGUGGUCACAGCAGCAGCAGCAGCGGGCAGUACAGGAACGCUCCUGUGGCCUUCGCAGGUCCGUGUCGUGCCUGAGCCGACCCCCGGAGGCGUCCCCGCAGCCCGCGCUGUCGCUGCAGCUGCAGCAGCCGCACGCGUGCCGCUCGGCGCCCAGGAAGAAGCGGCGCACGCCGCGCUUCAACUCCGUCUCCAAGAUCGACCGCGCGUCGCGCAUCGUCUUCCCGCUGUGCUUCCUCGCCAUCAACAUGUUCUACUGGUACUCCUACCUGUGGCGCAGCCGCCGCCUCUACCACGUGCGCGCCAGCGGCGACGCGGCCGCGUCGUAGCGCCGGCAAGCAGGAGGAAGCCGCCGGCCGGCGCCGCUGCACUCGCAGAAGCCGAACUGGGGAUUUUUUCCGAGCUGUUCCAGGGACGCACGGAAGCUCGCCGCCCGACAUUAUCUCAACCUUUUUCUCAGAUAACAAUUUCUCAGCAGAGAAGUGCCGUUCAGAACUUUGUCAAUCGCAGAAGUGGUGCUGGGAGUGUACUGGAGAGGCAAAACUUGGGAAGAACCUUCACAACCAACUACGCAACUGUAGACUUAAAAACGUGUAAGCUGUUCGUGUCAGAAUGUAACCGAACGGCUUUCUACGCGCUUAUGAACCUC